GCGGGUGAAGUGUUUUAUUUUCCAACAAGUGCAUAAGGCCUGCUGCUGGCCAUAGUUCAAUUGCGAGGGGCUUUCUAGAAGACUCAAGAGACGACGUUACACAGGAAUCACAACACUUAUUGCAGCGUCGUACGGUGUCGUUAUCAGUCGAGGAAACAUAAAAAUCAUAAUGACGUCGCUGGCGGUAAUGGAGCUAAAUAACAACAACACCAACUGUGUUGGUGAUGAGAGCAGGAACGAGGAUGGCGAAAAGUAUCUACGCGAGCUAACGAAAACCUUCACCGGCAUCGACAAACCGUUGAAGAACGCGAGAAAGUGUGAAACGUUGACCGAUUUGAUCGGAGAACUGCGCAGAACGUUCGACUCGGACCAUGUCAACAUUGAGUACGUGAACCAUCUGAUGCUAAGCUAUCAGUCGAACCCGGCCGAAUGGCGAAAGUUUGCCAAAUUUGACCGAUACCGCUACACUAGAAACCUGGUCGAUGCCGGAAAUGGCAAGUAUAACCUGAUGAUUCUCUGCUGGAACGAAGGCCAUGCCUCGGCGAUUCACGAUCAUGCCGAUUCGCAUUGCUUCAUGAAGAUGCUGAAGGGACAGCUGAUGGAAACGCGCUACGCAUGGCCCAAGGAUGCGGCAGUAACGGAAGACAGUAAGGCAGACAUCGGCAAUGGCCAGACCGGGCAGGAAGAGGUCGAAUACAAUGGCGACGAGCUUGAAGAGCUUUCCAGGAGCACGCUGGAAACAAAUGGUGUGUGUUACAUUAAUGACACGCUUGGUUUGCACCGGGUGGAAAAUCCCAGCCACACCGACGUGGCUGUCUCGUUACAUCUAUACUGUCCUCCGUUCGAUGUGUGCUCCAUCUUCAACAAACAAAAUGGCAAGCGUACCAAGUGCAAGGUUACUUUCUGGAGCAAGUUUGGCAAACGAGAAUCCAAUAACGUGAACUAGUGUUGCGUUGCUCAAACCGUUGGCAUACAUCGACUGACGAUCGCAAGUGAUAGCGCGAAAUGAAUGGAUGCAUGAUAUUGAUUCGCAUUUCUACUAGUUAGUAAUUCCUCCAAGAGAAACGUUGGGCUGUAUUUCAAAUAAGAUAAUUAUACGAGAUUAUUGUUUAAAAUGAUAGGCUGCCCAGUUUUCGGGCACGAAAGUU